AUGUCUUCAGACAAGAAAAGUGAUGACUUCGUGCUGCGCAUGCCCGAGAGGGGCGACUCCUUCCGCGAAGAGAAGGACAGCUUUCUCGAGCGAAGGGCGUCUCACAGAGUCAGUCCUCCGGGGCUGCACGACAAGCUCGCCAAGGUCCAGAACAACCCCGGCGUCUCUAUUCUCGCGUACUGCUUGUCGUCCAUCUCCAUGACCGUGGUCAACAAGUACUGCGUCUCUGGCAAGAACUGGAACUUGAACCUUUUCUAUCUGGCUGUCCAGUCCAUCGUCUGUAUCGCUGCCAUCUUGAUCUGCAAGAAAGUGGGCAUGAUCACGAGUCUGGCCCCCUUCGACACGGAAAAGGCCAAGAAAUGGUACCCGAUCUCUCUGCUACUCGUGGGCAUGAUCUACACGAGCACCAAGUCCCUCCAGUUCCUGUCGGUACCUGUCUACACGAUCUUCAAGAACCUGACCAUCAUCGUCAUUGCAUAUGGAGAGGUCCUCUGGUUCGGCGGAGAGGUGACGCCGAUAGCCCUGCUCUCCUUCGGAUUGAUGGUCCUCAGCUCCAUUAUCGCCGCGUGGGCGGAUAUCCAGGCUGCCCUGUCGGGUGGAUACGACGCGUCUGUUAGCGUGUCGACCUUGAAUGCGGGUUACGCAUGGAUGGGAAUGAAUGUCUUUUGCACCGCUUCAUAUGUCUUGACCAUGCGGAAGGUCAUCAAGAAGAUGAACUUCAAGGACUGGGACUCGAUGUUCUACAACAACUUGCUCACCAUCCCCACGCUCAUCGUUGCUUCCCUCAUCUUUGAGGACUGGAGCUCUGCGAACCUUCAACUCAACUUCCCCGAGGAGUCCCGCAACGCGCUGAUCAUCGGCAUGAUCUACUCCGGUCUGGCGGCCAUCUUUAUCUCCUACUGCUCGGCCUGGUGCAUUCGUGUCACCUCUUCAACGACCUACUCCAUGGUCGGCGCCCUCAACAAGCUGCCCAUCGCUGUCUCCGGUCUCAUCUUCUUCGCCGCUCCGGUCACGUUCGGCAGCGUUUCGGCCAUCAUCCUGGGCUUCAUCAGCGGCAUUGUCUAUGCCUGGGCAAAGAUUCGGUCGACCGAGCAGUCCAAGAACUCGCUGCCAACGCAACAGCCCGUGAUGAGCGCCAGUUCGCAGAGCAAUAAGGAUGCUUCGAUGUCAUAG